UCUGAACACACAUUGAGAGCUUCAGAAGAACUGAAUCUACUAACAACAAUAAUUCAAUAAGAGAGAAGAAUGAAGAUCAUCUGGAUUUUCACUCUGCUGAUGAUUCCUGGUGUUGUGAGCUCCAGCAGUUGGACAGGAUAUUCAAGAGGUGAAGCCUCCUACUCAUGCAGCUAUGUUAGUUGGUAUACAGCAAAUGAAAAGUAUUUUUGUAGAGGACAAUGGUCAGAGUGCACAGAUAAAAUCAGGACAAAUAUUAAAAACAAAUGGGUUCAUUCUGGAAGAUUCUCUCUGCAUGACGACACAAGAGCAGCAGUUUUCACUGUGAAAAUCAGAGAUCUGAGUGAACAGGAUUCUGACAUCUACUACUUUGGAAUUGAUAUGUAUGCAAUAGCAGAUUCCUACUGUGAAGUGAAUCUGAACGUUAUAACAGAUGUUUCUAGCAUCUCACUGACCUCGUCUCCUGCACAGAUUAAAGCUCCUGGUCAGUCGGUGAGGUUGUCCUGUCAGAUCUCUGGAUAUGCCCUCACAGAUUAUGGAACAGCUUGGUUUAGGCAGACUCCUGGAAAAACCAAGGAGUGGAUCGGGGUCAUAUGGGGCAGAGGAUCAAUAGACUUUGGGAAUUCCUUCAGGAGUCGCUUCACUAUUUGGAGAGACACGGGCCGAAAUGAGCUGUACUUAGACAUUAGCAGCCUGCAGACUGAAGACACAGCUGUUUAUUUCUGUGCAAGGACACACCACAGUGAUUCAGUUCAGUGUGAGAAACUGACAAAAACAGACCUGCAGUUCAUCAACACAGUUAGAAACACACAAUACAUGACCUGCUUCAUGUUCAGGAUCAUAUUCAGACACAUUACCACAUACUAAGUGAAGUAGGCGUAUUAUGAUAUUUUACAUUAUUAUUUCCUAAAAAGAAGUGCACUGUGUACAGUUAAAUUUAAUGGACAAUUGAAAAACAUUAAAUAACUUGAUUUUCACUUCACACAUGCAUAGUAGUGUCCUCUUCAAUUAGGGAAAAUGUAAAGUAUGUACAGUUAAGAUAUCAAACAAAGCCUAUUUUAGGGGCAAGGAUUUCACUUACGGUCAGCGUUUUGAUCGGUGUCUUGUUUACUUUUUAUUGCCCCUCCCUUGCUAUCUCUAUGAGCGUAUACGUGUUCUCUCUCUCGCUCUCUCUCCGUUUUUUUUUUUUUCCCUUUUAGGUGGAUGCACCUGUUGGUUGAUGAGAGACUAAUUAAGGAGAUACUACUUAAAAGACGCCAAC